AUGAAGUACGUACCCCCCCACAUGAGGGCCCAAACGGAGGCCAAGGAGAAGAAGGAAGCAGAAGCGGAGAAGCUGGAACAGUUAAAGGAGAAAAUCGAAAACGCACAGGAAGAAAAAGACAUUGACAGUGAUAGCUCGACAGAAGGAGAUGACUUUGAAAUUGUGCUAAACAGUGUGGUCAUCAGUCAGAUAGCCAAAAACAAAGAUCUGAGAGGAGAGUUGCUAGGAUAUUACAUAAAAAAUGGUGAAGAAAAAAAAAAAAAAAAAAAAAAAAAAAAGGGUAAAACUGGAAAUAACGAAGAAGGAGAAGAUGGAACGGGUAAUAAAAGGAAAAAUGACGACGAAGACAAUGACGAUGAUGAGGACGAUUACGAUGAUGAUGAUGAUGAGGAGGAUGACGACGAUGGUAAAAAAAGAAAAGAUACAGCAAAGGACAGGAAAAAAAAUAAAAAAAACGAUCCCAAAAAAUUAAACGUUGUAGAAGUUAAUCAAUCAUUUUGUGUGUGCAACAUUGAAGAUAUAUGCAUAGACAAAAUCUCCAAAAUCACAAACAAGUAUCAGCUUGCAAAACAAAGACAAACCGAAUUGCUAAAUAAUUUAGCCCUAUAUUUUAAUAAAAAUAAAUAUGAAGAAGAGGGAGAAAAAUAUAUAAGUGAUGUAAACACAUAUUAUGAUGAUUAUGUUAAUAUUAUGGCAGAAUUAAAUUUCGAUACAACGCCCUUUGGAUUUUACAUCAACAUUUGCGAUAUCAAAAAGAAAGAUGUGUUGGCCACACUCUUGUUGUGUUCCCUAAUUAACAAAAACUCCUUUGUCCUUUGCUUUAGUGAAAAAUAUGGAAAAUUAAUCUUCUCUGCAUAUAAAAUAGAUGUCGAUGUGGUUUUUGAAAUAAGGAAUCAAAUAAAAAAUGGCACAUUUAAUCAGUUUAAUGAUAUUUUGAAUGUUGAGUUGAAGAAGAAGGAACUGAACAGUAAAACCAUUUUGCAGAAAAUACCCAUUCGCAUAAAAAAUUCGAUUUUAAAUUCCCUUUUUUUAAAGGUACUUAAAAAUAAAAACAAGAAUUUUGUUUCCUCUAUGGAUUACUUAAAUACACAGGAAGUGGAUUCUCUGGAGAGCUACAUCCACGAUACGUGCAAAUCUCUUGAGUUGCUAAAAACGGAACAAGACAAAAUGAUAAAAUAUAAGAAGGACGUCUUCAAGCAACUGCAGACACAAAAAAUUUACCAAGAAAAGAAAAAACUUGAAAAAGAGAAAAAUAAAAUUGAGCAUGAAAAUCAAGAAACAAACGAAGAAGAUAUUAACAUGCAGAAUAUUUUUAAAAAUAUCCCACAGCCCUCCUUACUUUUCCCCUACGUCUUAACCAUGAGCAAUAAUUUGCUAAAUGAUAACAUCAACAAUUUGUGCAGCCAUGCCAUUGCCAAGUCGUACUUAUACUACAAGAAUGCCAAACCGUAA